CGUCCGACGUUAGUUUGAAAUUCUAUCGGCGGAGCUUCACCGACUGUUAUUGAUUUAUAGUUGUCGAAGCUGCUCUGCAGGUUUUUAGAGCUGUUGGGAGAUUUUCUAAGCAUUAACACAAAGUGGAAUAAAAAUGUCCUUUUCAAGAGCCCCUUUGAAGAGGUUCAACGAUCACAUAGGGUGCGCCCCUGCACCGGGGUCCUAUGACAUCAAAACAGGGGAUCUGAAGGGAGUUGCUUCCUUUAACAAAUCCGACCGAUUCAGACCCAUCAAGGCAGCUGCUGGAGCUGCUCUGCUGCCACCAUCGCCGUCUGGAAGCGUCUUCAUCUCUCCUGUCCGCAGGACUUUGUCAGUCGACGGACUCAUCCAAGGGUCAACUGGGAAGAAAGAGAGGCAUGGCAUGAACUUUGAAAAGAAGCAGCUGAAACUGUUGGAAAAAGAGAUCCGGUCUCUGGUGCAGCAGCGAGGAGAGCAGGACCGCCGUUUGUUGGCCCUGGAAGAGGACCUGAAUAAGGCGGAGGCCAAGCUGCUUGCUGCAGUUAGAGAGAAGACGGGGCUCUCUGCCAGUGUCAUCACACUGGAAAGACAACGAGCAGAGCUCAGGAAAGUCAAUGAGUUUCUGAAAAACAAGGUUUCUGCUGAUACAACAAAAAAGAGAAUACAUUCCCUCACGAUGGAGCUGAUGGACGCUAGGAACAACCUGGAUGUGAAAAAUCACGAGUUAAGUCUUCUGCAACUUACCACUGAAGGCCAACUGAAGGUGUUGGAAACUGACCUUCAGGCUGCAAGGGCUACAGUCUCUACUCUACGGGACAGGAAUAAAGAUCUGGAGGAUCUGCAUCAAGUGACAAAAACCCAGAAUGCAGAGCUCGAGGUUGAAAAUGAGAGCUUAAAUGGUGAGAUACAGGAGCUGAGAGAGGAGAUCAGAGUACUCCAGGAAUACUUGGAUGCAGCUAAUGACAAGAUUCAGGAACUCCGUUUGAAGAUUCAAGAGAAGACACAGAAGGACAAUGUCGCUGAUUCCCAAGGAGAGAAACUAAAGCAUCUAGAGAUGGAACUGGAGCAGAGUACUGUGACGCUACAAACCAUGCAAGAUUUGCUGAAACAAAAAGAAGAGGAGGCCAGCAAAUUCCAGCAGGAGCUACAGACAUCCAAGGAUGCGCUGUGGGAAGUGGAGAAGAGGCUAGAAUACCAAGAGCUGGAGCUCCAGUCUGCACAAAAGUCAGCCAUUGACAUGGAGAAGCAGUUGAAGUUGGCCUGCCAAGAAGUGGAAGACUCUCAGGCAACUGUCUGUCAGCAAGAGGCUGAGCUUACCAGGCUGAGGGAGGUGCUCAGGAGAACAGAGAGGGAGCUUGAUGAGAGGGUGGAGCAUCUUGAACAAAGGUGUCUGUUCUUUGAGGAAGAGAGAAGUAAGACUCAAGAGGAAGGGUUUAGGAGAGUAGAGGAGCUGAAGAAUGAGCUGAACAUUUUACAGCAGGCUAAAAGAGAUGAAAGGAAGAGACAGAUUCAGCUGGAGCAAGAACACACAGCACUCACUGAGGAGCUGGCCAAAGAAAAGGCUCUGGUGGACUCUCUGACUGUGCUUGUGGAGCAGGAAAGGGAAGAAUCAGAAGAGCAAAUGAGACAGCUAAAGGAGGAAAUGGAAGAGGUGCUCGGGGAGCUGGCUGUCAUUGAGGAACAGGAGCAGAAGAGGCAGGAAGUGGUAGAGAAGAGUCAGGAGGCCCUUCAGAGCCUACAGCAGGAGAAAGAGGAGCUGGAGAAACAGCUGAGCGAUGCACAACCCCUUCUGGAAGGCAGUGAUGUGGCAGUGAUGAAAGAGCUACAUCUUGCAGCUAUGAGUGAACUCCAGGAAGCAUAUAACAAUUCACAGAAAAAGAUUGAGAAUAUUGUCACAGAGCUGGAAAGCACCAAAGAGACUCUAAAGGAAGCUAGAGGAAGACAGGGAGAACUGGAAGCGGAGGUGGGGAGAGUGACCUGCCAGCUGAAGGAGGCGAUGGACAAAAUGGUUGAACAGAAGGAGGAAGAGAUCAAUAGAGUGAGGGGGUGGACUGACGAGCAACAGGAGAGACUGCAGGCUGAAGCAAAAACAAGGGAGGAGAGUUCAAGAAUGUUGCUUGAAGUGGAAGCUUGCCUCGCACAAAAAGUUGAGGAAAUGAAAGCCGCAGAGACAAGCCAUGCAGCUGAAAUCAGCCUGCUUCAAAUGGAGCUACAGAUGCACAUAAAUGAGAAAGAAAAGGUGCUGGAAUGUUUAGAGGAACAGAGAAAUCAGAGUGUAACUGAGCUCAAACAUGAGAGGGAAAAAGCCCAACAACAGUUGGAGGAGUUCGGUCAGCAAAAAGAAGAAAUAAUUAAGCAACUCCAAGAAGAAAGAGAGGAGAAAGUGAAAAUCCACGCAGCACUUCAGGAGGAAAAAGGUCUGUUUGGGUUUGAGAGGAACAACCAUGAGCAGGUCAGGUCAGAGGUACUUAGACUACAAGCUGAGUUAGAGAAAUUAGAUGAGGAAAGGAGGAGUCUGUUGUCAGAAGUAGAACUUAAAAAGGAGUUCAGCCAAGCGCUUGAGAAUCAGCUAAACAGAGCUGAGCAGGACAGAGAUCAGUUUCAGUCUCGCCACAAUGACGUCGAACAAGAAAACAUUGGCCUCCAGGUCCAAUUAAUCCACUUGCGGGAGAAGAUGGGAGCUCUGGAGAAAGAGUUGGACAAGCAGCAGCAGGACAGUGGAGCUCUUAGAGAGCAGGUGGAAGCACUGACUCAGGAGAAGGUUACUCUGCAGAGGGAAAUGGAGGAGCAGCGACGAGAACUCCAAAGACAAUUAGCUGAAGAGCAAGAGAAGAGCUCCCCACACUCUGAAGUGGAGCGCUGGAAGAAACAAUAUGAGGAACUGUUCGCCAAAGUCAGGCCCUUUCAGGAGCAGCUUAAUGCAUUUGCAGCGGAGCGAGAUGCGCUGCUUAAUGAGAACGGAGCAAACCAGGAAGAAUUAAACAAAUUAGCCGAAGCUUACGCUCUCCUCCUGGGGCACCAGAACCAGAAGCAGAAGAUCAAACAUGUGGUGAAGCUCAAAGAUGAGAAUGUCUCCCUAAAACAGGAAGUUUCAAAGCUUCGCACUAUUGUGAGCCGCCAAAAGAGCGACUUGGAACAGCUGAAAGCAAAGCUACCCGGUGCUCCACGUCGCAGGUUUGAUCCCAGCAAGGCUUUCCAGUUCAACAAGGAGAACAUUAAAACUGAAACAAAUGAGCCUCUUCAAGAAGGAAAACAUAAAGAUUAGUGGAGGUGUCCCAUCGACAAGAACAUACUGCUGAAACGAAAGACAAGUUACUACUUUUGUUUUUGUGUAAAUUUCUAUCGAAAAGCUAUUUCACAAAAUAUUUUAAUCUGAGUUUUUAACAUGUUUCUUAUUUUGGAGAAUGUGUGAGAAUACAGAGGUCAGAUGAUUUGGAUACAUAAACUGAGAUCAUUACAUUAAAAUAUCUAUACUGAAAUGUGUUCCUGUUAAAUAUGUAAUAGUUCUUCAUCUAGCAGGACCUUCUUUAAAAGUGGUGGCUGUAAAUUCUUCUUGUAUUGUAAAUAAAGAGAUUUUUUUUUAAUCAUCCUA